CCCGACCCCGAGAGUUGAAGUUCUCUUUCUGAUUCCCAAUUUAGGUUUAGCCGGCUCCAGACUGCGCAAUUUUUCAUGUUGAUCAUCUAGGAACUCAAAUUACGAUAAGGACUGUCCUCAGCAACCAGCUCCCUGAAACGAGAAGAUCCAAGCCGUUUAAUCGCCUUUGUUUGACCGAUCUGUUACUCUUUGCUGGUGGUAUUCUCGAUCCUUCGCUCUCCCGAAUGGACGUAAGAAAACAACGAACAACGAUGCAGCUACAGUCUCGAUCAUCAUGCAGCAGACGCCUACGCGAGUCCCAGUGCUACCACUACAACGAGACGAGCGGGUUACUGCGGGUGAUGAGAACUUACCCUACCGUCUUCCCAGCGGGGCUUUUCUAUUUUUUCUGUGUGCUGCACGACCCCUGUGCCGUGGUAGGAUCGCACCUCGCUGGAGCGUGGAGGAGAGCGAGGCCUUCAUUGCGCGACGAGGACCGGAUUCCGGGGGAGCAGCCGGAUCUUUCGGGGCCCUCUGCUUCUAGAAGUAAUACGACGAGCUUCUGGAAAUCCGGAACAGCAGGGAGAGACCACGUGGACAAAGAUCCACUUCUUUUCUUCCCGCAAGACAUCCACUGUUACCGCGAAAACGACACUCCCACCUGCACCAAUACGACCCCAGGUUCGUCGGGGACGUUGGACCAAAUUGCUGGUCGCCGGGGACGGUGGACCGCAGCGUUUCGCCGACGGCGUCCGGCCAAAGUAGUAUCUACAAGAAUUGUUCUGCAAGCAACGUACUCGGAACAUCAACAUCAGCGGAGCAUGGAUCGUCUUCGUUUUAUUUGUCUCCACCAUCUCAUGGAAGUAGUUCUUCAAAAGUGUCAUUUCCUACACCUUCACUGGCGGCCUCAGCUUCUUCACACGCCGCAAACAUCCGCAGCUGGUGCGGAGUUCUUGCCCGAGACAAUAAAGUACUAGAUGGGAAUAAUAUCUCCGUAGUGAACACCAGCACGCCGGCUCCAACGAGACGAAGCAAGAAACUAACGAGGAGUCAAAGCCCACCAAGUUCGAGCUCGUUUCGUCGUCAGUCCCAGCGGGAAGCUCCUUCCUCUUCCACCUCACGGAUCAUAGCGCCCCGUGGUCCGCCUGCUGGAGUAAGCGCCCCCGGGUUUCUCAGGAAGUUGAGUUUCUCGAAUCCGCGAAAGUACGUACCAGGCAGGCGAGGAACGACCGCCCCGUCUUCAGCGCUCGGUCCGCGGCCUGAUCAUCUGCAUAUUACUCCUUCAUCUACUACAACAGAGCUAGGAUUACGAUUAGGAAAUAAACUGAGCGGCCGGAUCAGCGACAAACGGAUUAGGAAGAUGGUCCGGGCUGUGAUUUCCAAGAUCAGGACUGUAACGCCUCGUCUGAAGCCGAAAGUAGCAGUGUUGCUGAAUGAUGACCGAGGGCCAAGAGCGAUGCGCUCUGAUUCACUUUCCGGCAUACGCCCGCAUCGCCUGCGAAGGGCGACUGCGCUCUGUCGUGGCUUAAAAUUUCGCGCCACUAUUGUGUAGCGCCUGUCUGACACGGGUGGCGGUCUAGUCAUUCCCGCGGCCGGCGCUAUUAUUGGCUUUGGCACUUCAGGCAGGAACGCUACAACUGGCCCGCACGGGCGCAGAAGGGUGCUGCGCUUGUUUGCGGCGCUAAUUUGGGAUCGGCGCAACAAUUCUAAAGUUCAUCGGGGAGUGGAUCUCAAUUUCAAACUCCAUCCGAUCGACCGGCCCCAAUUCAAACUCCAUCCGGACGACCGGCCCCAAUUCAAAACCCAUCCGGACGAUCGGCCCCAAUUCAAACUCCAUCGGGGCCAUCGGGGCAAAUUCAAAACUCAUCCGAAUUCUGUCGGAAUUCCGUCCGAAUUUCGUCCCCUACUUGGCUUCUUGAUUCGGACGGAUUCUGACAGAAUUCGGAUGGAUUUUGAAUUGGUGGGGGAUGGGAUUUUGUGGUCCGGGCCACCAGAGUUGUGCCUCCAGUCGACUUCACCUACCGAGACCAACCUGGGCGAUCUUAGGUGGCUGAUCGCAUUGGGAAUCGCGGCCGGGGAUGGCCUCGCCCCUGGCGGCAUUUUGUCCACUAGCGUCACACGCAAUAUGCACAGGCUGACUUGCUUGAGCACUCGCCGGGCCAAGCCGCGACCCCGACACCGAGGCCAGCCAUGCUCCUAACCGCAUGCGCCGGCCCCCGACGGUUCCCGGCAUUUUUCCGUGGCUGGGCAGGGUCUUCUCUUAUUACACCGGCAGCGCCCCCCCUGGCGCCGAGCCGGGUUUGAAGGUUCGCAAGUUAAGGCAUUAUAACAAACUUCGGCCGCCGGUCGAACCAAAGCGCGUUCGCCCCAUUUCCCGGCGUUUUUUUGAAAGUGCCAACUUUUUGAAUUCAGUUUGAAUUCCGUUUGAAUCACGAUUACAUUCCGAGCGGUCUAGAGUUAAUGUGACGCCGCGUUUGAAGCCGAAAGUAGGAGACUGUCUGAGGGAUACAGGGGAUCUACGUUGGAGUUGCAUUUUCGGAGCUCGCCCAGGUAUGACACCAACCCGGCCAAAAUGGCUCGGGCGGCAACACGGGAGCGGGCGGCUUCAGAGGGUCAAAGGAGCCCGCUUCGUCUGUUGAUGGCACGCUGCAGGCACGUUGACUGGUGCGCCGCCUCGCCUUGCCCCCUAGGCGGGCCAGAUGUUCCCAUGGAACGCACCGGUGACGAGACGCGAAGUCCCCGGCGGCUCCCGGGGCGCGAGCGGGGGGCUGGGGGGGAAAUGUGUGCCCGCAAUUGCAUUUCCACGGCCUUGUUGUUCCGUUCGUUUUUUGUGAGCUGGUGGCAAGUGGCGUUGUGCGGUUGGACAUGCUGCGAUGCUUAAGAUUGGCAUGGGCUGCAGAGGGCGGGGCCCAACCAUCAACUGUGUGCCGAGGCAGAGGGCAGAACGCUUUGGGGUUCUCAGGGGAUGGCGGCUGGCUCCAGCUUUCGCCACAUGUCAAGGCGAUGCGCCCUGACAUGUAGCACGAGACGGACCCCGCAUUCAAUUUCAAAGCGAAUCCGCGAAUUCAAACCGAAUCCGCGAAUUCAAACUGAAUCCGCGAAUUCAAACUGAAUCCGCGGCCUCCUUUUCAAUUUCAAACCAAAUCCGUUGCUUCCUGGAGGGGCCCCACCAAUUUCGAACUGAAUCCGAAUUGCAUCCGAAUUCCAUCCGAUUUCCAUCCGAAUUCGAUUUCCCUAAUAUGGAAUUGGAUUCGGAUGAAAAACGGAUGGAAUUCGGAUUCCGUUUGAAAUUGGUUGGAUCAAUUUGGGGUCCAAUCUGAUGCCAUCUUCUACAUUACAACAGAGUCUCUGGGCUAGGUUGUACAUUUUUUGGCGCGCGCUGCCGCGCGCGCCAAUAUCCACGGGUCUUUCAGUGCCCUUCUCUUUCAUUCCGUGUCGGCUCGUUAGCGGCGUGGCGAAUUGUGUUUCGUGGGGUCUGCUGCAUGCCAAAACAUUAAUUCCAGGUCGUUGCAGUAGGUGUUCUUAUCUAUCUUCCCGAAGUGUUUAAACGAGUACCCGGCGGGAAGCUUUCAGGGUCUUCUGCCAGUGCGUCCACCAUUAUCGCGGAAGCGGUGCCAGCGGUGAGUGAUUGGGGCGGUGGGUGAGAGAUUGAGGCGCGUUUGAAGAGUUCCAAGAGGACUCGAGGGGCCUGCGUACCAAGCCCGCACGAGCCGGCUUGCGGCCUUUUUUGGGUCGCGAGUACGUAGGGCCGGGGGCCGCGAAAAAGAUGCCCGCCUGCGCCUGUUGGGCGUGCUGUGAGUGCCCGUGGGCCUGCGCAAUGGGGGGCCACUUUAGUCUAUGUCUAGGCUCGUCGGGGUGCUGGCGUGCCUGUUGGUUCCUCUAGAAAGACGCCUGGGCCGCGUGAAAAAACCCGCCAGGGAAGGCAACAGCACUCCUACGCAGACGCGACCAUAAAAACUGCAGCGCCUGCGUUGGCGCAAAAAAAAGGGCAAAUCCCGAUGGUAUGCUGCGAAUUUCUUUAGGGAUAAGAACAAUGCUGAAGACCACCUUUUUCGUCUCUAUAUGUAACGCCGCGUUUGAAGCCGAAAGUAGGAGACAAGCGCAGCGGGCUUCGGCAUGGGCUCUGAAGAACCAGCGCGCGGGCGACUUGCCGGGGAAAAUUCCUCGUCUUGGUGUUGCAGUGGUCCGCGCGCCUGCUCGUAGGUCGCGAGGCUACCUGAGACGGACGGGAAGAGGACGCAGACGGGGCCGCGGCGGGGAUAGUCUCCCUCGCGGCUCUGCGCUACGUAGUCAACGUCGCGCCGUGAAGGCGAAGGGCCGCCUGGAGCAUGCGGCAUCCUUCCUGCAGCGCGUGGCCGCUCUUCGGAGCAAAUUUGCGACGCCCGACAGGACAAGGAGGAAAGCCGGAGGGGGUGGGCCCCUGGUUCAGUAAACUCCAUCGGGCGGCGACACCCGCUGGGCAAAGAAAGAAAAAUAGGGCUUGGGCACAUUCCAAAUAAUAUCAUCAAGGCAUUUCAAAACGCCAUCAGAAUUCUGUCAGAAUUCCGCUCCCCGAUGGGUAGCUUGGUUCUGACGGAAUUCUGACGGAAUCUGACGGAAUUCUGACGGCAUUUUGAAUAUCGUCUUGAUGACGUUUUGAAAUUGGCCAAAAUGCUUGAUGACGUUUGGAAAUUGGCCAAAAUGCUUGAUGACGUUUUGAAAUUGGCCAAAAUGCUUGAUGACGUUUUGAAAUUGGCCAAAAUGCUUGAUGACGUUUUGAAAUUGGCCAAAAUGCCUGAUGACGUUUUGAAAUUGCGCAGGAGGCUUGAUGGGAUUUUGAAAGCGAGCGAGAUGGCCGAUGGCGUUUUGAAAUCAGCGAAGGGCAUUGAUGGGCUUCGGAAUUUCCGAAGGGCAGCCGUCGGCAAUUCGGUGGGGCCUCGCGUACCGGUGUGCGAAGCGGUCCAUCGGGCAGGGGCGUGCAGCUCUUCGCCCGUGUCGAUGCCGAUUGCCGCGAAGCCCCGCAGCCCACUGAUUGCCAACGAGCCGCGCCGCCGGGCCCUUGGCGCAGGCACUACCUGCCGGCGCCGGUAUUCUUGGGAGAGGUGCCGCGCCUGCCCGAUUCGUAUCGCCCGUGCCGAUCGGGGGUGGGCGUGGGCGCCCCGUGUCUCGCUGCCCAUGGCGCAGUGUCUAUGCCUGUAUGGGGUUGCCAAACCGGGGCGGCAGCCCGGCGCCCGGCGCCCAUUAUUUGAUUGUGGCGCCCCUGCGUGCGGCAGGUUUGCUCCGCCAGUGUAAAUCGCUCGGGCCCAUCGCGUACUGUCACAUGUUGCAAAGGCCGGCGCCGCUCCGGGUGUGGGGCUCCGUGUGGAAAGGCCACACCAGACGCGCGGGCCCCGACAUUCAUGGCCGCGGGCGGCCCGUUGUUAGGCCCGCCAGCUCUUUGGCGGGCUUUUGGCAUUCCCGUUGCAGUCAAGUUUGUGUGGCUGUAUGCAAUGAAAAAUCGCACACCGCGGAGGCCCGCGGGGUUGCCACAGCAUGAAAAUGCUGGAAUUUUGAAAUUGGUUUGAAAUUGGUUGUAAUUAGAAUUACAGCCCGCGCAGUCUAGAGUUAAGUGACGCCGCGUUUGAAGCCGAAAGUAGGAGACUGUCCCACACGUAGGAAAAACUUCGUUCAUUUUUCUGAAUCCUAAAUUAUGCAAAUCUCUGAUGCGCAAAAGAUAAAAGAUCUACACAGAAUUCUACUAAAUCCUAUGCAAAAUAUCGAAUCAAUAAAACUGAAUAAAAUCUUACAUGGGAAUAGCGAUAAAGCUAGUGCUAUAGAGUAAAUAGACUAUGCGAAAAGUUAAAAAACUGAAACCGUAUCUAGGAUAGUUUUGUCGUAUAGAGGUUAUGCACCUGAAUGUCUGCUAGAACAAGAAAAACAACUCAAACACUUCGUACUUGAUUCAACUGAGACUAGCCGAAAAUUAUCACACAAAACUACUUUAACCGUAGAAAAAUUAGUACUUCAAUAUAGGACAAUGAAUCUACGGAAAUGUUGUACUUUUGCUGAAAAUUAUAUUACCGGGCUAGUUCUUGGUAGUCUUCACACCCAAUUCUCAGUGGUUGAAAAUCGAGAGAUCAAGACUACCAAUGUGAAGCUUCUGGGAGAAAGAAGCGAUCGUACUUCUUUGGCCGCGCUGUGGUUCCUGUUUUCAGUUGUAAAAAUGACGAAUUGCGGUGAAAACACGAAGAGUUACAAGCAGAGGGUUGGAAGAUGUUAUUAUGUUCGUACUGUUUUGCUUCUGCAC